AUGGGGUUCAGUCACAGCAAGUAUUCGUCAAACCCCACUUGCUUCACCGCGCUUACUAAAAGCCGGCCCAAGUUGACAGCGGAGGAGGUCCCGUCCUUGCAACUUAUUCCACACUCCGUCUACGCCACGCUGUCGCUUCAUGUGUAUAGCAACCCCAACGGCCCCCCGGUGCCGAAUGCGUGGGAGGUCCUUCUGACGGCGACGGACAUAAACUUGGAUAAGGAAGGAUACUUUAGCGUAGCGUACAUCAAUAAAGAAUUGCGGCACUGCAUCAUUGCCCAGCGGGGGACGACAAACGCACUGAGCUUACGAGCGGGUGUUUGGACGUACUUUGACGAGCGCACCAUCCUGUUUAGCUUGGCGCGACAGUUUUCAAAGCAAGUUCGCCUAUACCUGAGCGUCACGCGGGGGGAGACACCCGAGUGGUUUAUUAGCUAUACUGGCCAUAGCCUAGGCGCCGUUCUUGCGGCAUGCCGGUCUGUAGAGGAACGCACGUACGCCAUCACGUUUGAGUCGCCGGGGUGCAAGAACUUCAUUGAGAAGACCAUGAGUCCCUUGAAGGCGGACGAUGCCGACAUCAUCACCUACCUCCGCUCCCCCAACCCAAUCAAUUCUCUUCGACCUCAGUGCGGGUAUGUAGUUGAGAUACCCGUGGAAUCCGAAGAAAACGUUUCGUUGCAGCCUCGCGUGGUGUCUUCUUCCUCCAUGUUGCGUCUACCUUCUAUUCCUUCCCCGCAGGAGUUUAUACGCGGCCAAAUGCCUCGCAUGGUUGGUAUACCGGACAUCCAGCAGUACGUCGGCAAGAUUGAGCCACUUCUGCGUGAGAUGCUGGAACACACGCAACAGGUUCAUGCCAUGAUGGACAUUCUUAGUCAUUUUAAGGGCAACGAUGAACCCUCCAAUGAGCGCGUCGUGCUGCGUUGGCCAUCCUCCCUGAUGCAGUUUUUGGAGUACUAUAAUGCCAAAAAGGCACUGGAGGAUACUAUGAACCAGCAAACGAACCUUGGUGCCGCCUAUGAGUCGUUGUUGAGGGACCUGUACGUCACGGUUGAGCGACCCAAGGAUAGUUUGCCGCUACGAUUCCUAGGCGGGGACUCGGUGAGGCUUCUGCGGUUGUGGUGGCAGGAGACUCCUGCAAGGCUGGCAAAGCUGCCGCUCACUCUGACGGAUCAUAAAGUACUCAACACCAUCAUUGUGGAGGAUGAUUGUAUGUGCACGUCUGUCCUUACCGCGUUUCAGGCGAAACAAUAUCUCUCGUUGCUCGUUUUCAGGCCUGAGGUACACAAGGUGCUUUCUCAGCUGGAGUUCGAUCCCCUGCUGGGAAGCCGCAGUAAACUUUGA